AUGUCCCACAGCUGGGAGGUGAAUUUAACUGGAGUCCAGCAGAGUAAAGGUGUCUGGCUGGUUAAGGUUCCCAAGUUUUUAUCUCAGCAGUGGAACAAAACCACAGCCAAAGGAGAAGUUGGGAAGAUUACCAUUGGGAAGAAACAAGGUAAAACCGAGGUUUGUUUCAGCCUGAAUCAGGAGCUGGUCGCCCUGGGUGGUGAUGGGGAGAAGGACUCAGGAUCGCUGCAGGUCCCAAAGGAGUAUCCCUUCAGCAUGCACGCAGUGGGUGGACAGACCAUGGCCGUCUUCAGCCAGAGCGACGCAGGUGAAGUCAGCCUGGAGGGGACGGUGGUGCAGAGGGCUGAGUGCCGACCUGUCGCCUCUGAGAGCUACAUGAAGAUUAAAAGGCUGCAGAUUGAAUUGGUGAAGCCUCAGCGUUUGUCGCAGCAGCUGGACAGAGCUGUGACCACCGUCUUUAAGCCUGUGGCCAACCACAACUUCAACGUGGCGUUCGAGAAGAAGAAGAAGUCCGAGGGGAAGAUGGUGAGAGCGGAGCGGCAGGUGGUGCUGGACAUGCUCUUCUCUGCCUUCGAGAAGCACCAGUUUUACAGCUUCAAGGACCUGGUGGACAUCACCAAACAACCUGUGUCCUACCUGAAAGACAUCAUGAGGGAGAUCUGUGUCUGCAGUCGUAAAGGAGCUCACAAAAGCACGUGGGAGCUGAAGCCGGAGUACCGCCACUACCAACCUGCUGACGAAGAGGAGGAACCGCAGAACGCCUAG